CAUGGUUACUGCCCUCGAUGAACGAUUCCGCGGUCCAGAACUGACUCUCCGCCUCAGCAUGGAUCUCUUCCGUGUCAGACUGAAUAAUAUCGAUCAUUAUCAGUCUGUACCCACGCGAUUUGAUCCUCUCCUUCGCAACAAUGUCAAGCCCUCACAAGUACAUAAGGAGCCGAAGGUCCCUGUCAUUAGAGUCUUUGGCGCAACUGAAACUGGCCAGAAAGUAUGCGCGCAUAUUCACGGCGCGUUUCCAUAUCUUUACAUAGAGUAUACUGGGAGUCUCAUUCCAGAUGAUGUUGGUGAUUAUAUCCACCGCCUUCAUCUCUCAAUUGAUUUUGCUCUGGCGGUAAGCUAUCGGCGAAACACUUUUGACGGGAAUGCCAAAUUCGUUGCUCGUAUUACUCUUGUGAAGGGUAUUCCAUUUUAUGGAUUUCAUGUUGGGUACCGGUAUUACCUCAAGAUAUACAUGCUCAAUCCCAUGGUCAUGACACGUCUGUCGGAUAUUCUUCGUCAGGGUGCUGUAAUGAAGAAGGUCUUUCAGCCAUACGAGGCCCAUCUUCAAUACUUGCUCCAAUGGAUGGCGGACUACAAUCUUUACGGUUGUGGCUUCCUCGAUUCGAGGACGGUCACUUUUCGAAGUCCUGUGCCACAGUUUGACGAGAUGGAUAAUCUUUUUCAUCUAUGGCAUGAUCGAUCAAUUCCUAGUGAUCUAGUAACAGAGGAAGCCACCUUACCAAGGGUUAGCCAUUGUACCAUUGAAGUGGAUAUCUGCGUUCAAGAUAUUCUAAACAGACAAGAUAUCAAGCCCAGGCCCCUCCAUCAUGAUUUUGUGGAGCGUUUGAACCCUCUGGCGCCUGAUGAGAAACUUGUUCAUAGUAUGGCUGGUCUCUGGAGAGAUGAGACGCGUCGACGGAAAUCAAAAAUGACAAAUCCAGAACCUGGCAGCAGUCCUUUUCCUCCAGAAGUUAUGGUUUCAAUGUCAGCCGACCCUAGGAAUUCUCAACCAGGAGGGUGGAUCCACGAGGAAGACUUUCGGGAGAAGAUGCGAUCGCUUAUUGUGGACGAAAAAAAUAGAAGUGAUGGCGCCAAGUUAUCAUUCAACAAUUUCGUUAAACAGACAACUUUUGAAUCAUCUGUCCGAUCCAGCCUAGAAGCAGUCGAAGACCUCUAUCCUGAAAAUCUUUGUCUGGCCCUUACUGCUACGCCUGGAGGCGUGAAUGAUAACAUUGACAUUGGGAAUGGGACAGAAGUGGAUGAGAAUAGGAUACUGAGUCUUGUUAUACCUGGCGACGAUGAAGCUCAGUAUGAUUUUGACGAAGAUGCAAUGCGUGAGAUCGAGCUCUCUCAAAGACGAAGCGGAGACAAAGUGGAAGAGAAGUAUCUGGAUUCACUGGACGUCCAGAAACCAGAGCGCGAUAUCGAUGACGAGCUUCGUCCUGGCGGUCAGGACUAUAGCGAUCAGUUCCUCGAUCCCAAAGAUACUGCAGGCAUCAGCAAUACAGAAAGCUCCCAUGAAGCGUCGCAAAGUUCUACAAACUCGCUACAUGUAUCCCAAGACAGUAUCAUUUCGAUCGUUGGGACAAAUGACCCAGGCUCAGUAAAGUCCGGUACGUCGUCCAUCGUCGUCAAGAAGCGCUCAGGAGUUCCCGAAGAUGUCCUAGAAUCCGAAAUGAAGCGCCGGAAACUGUCUUCUCAUGGUGAAGAUAACAGCACCGUUGGUGCUGUAGAUGCUUCGCUUGAGACGUCCGACGAAACUUUUUCAUUCAUGCAUACCUUGGACGAGCCUAAAAUACGCCGGCCAAGUUCUGAUUCUGGAAAUAUGGGUUGCCAUACCAAGUUAACAAAGCUUCAACUGCCAACUGUGAAUGGUCUGCACACUAAGUCUGUCUCGACGGCUAGGAAGUCUUCCCAGGAAUCACUAACAUCAAUUUCACAACCUCUACUAUUUCCUGUAACUACAGACUCGCAUGAACCAGCCAUAGCAUUAAGAUUAAGCCAGAAGAGCACCUCACAGCCUGGCCAGAGCGAAAUGAAGAGGCAAGCCACAUUCGACCCUUCUGUAUCAGAUGCGUACCAUGCAAGUCGAAAUAGCUCGCCCACCACACCAACUUCCAACGUACAGUCCAUCGCUUGUUCAACAGCACUUCGCAAUAUGGACCACGAGUUCACAAAACAAGGUCACGGGCUGACGCUCUUGCUGAACGAGCUCCCUCCGUCGGUACAUUAUGUCACGUCGACAAUGCAGGAUUAUAAUAUGGUGCCAAUCAUAUAUCAAGAUGCCUUCUACAACAGCGAGGUCGAUGUCCCAGAGCGCCCAAGGGAAUGGGCUGGACGAGAAUUCAGAAUCGAGAGCCUGACAGUUCCGUUCUUACCUGGAUUUGACCCCACUGGGACUUCAGAAGCAACCUAUGGCGAUAGAUCUGGAAUAGUUCCGGACAAAGCACGAGAGGAGAGGCUUUAUCAAUGGCAAAGGCGCAAUUGCACUAUCCGUAGCUGGAUUAUUGCAGAAAUACCCCCGUCCUUCUCAGAGGUAGCGAAUUGGUCUCGCAAACAGGUGGUGAAGGAGCUGCAAGCAGCGACAAAACGUACCAUCCAGCCGCAUGCUGGUACACACCCUCUCUCGAAAUCAAAACUUUCGCAGAUUGAUGGCACAACUCAGAAAAACAAACAUGGUUUCAAGUACACCCAGAACCAAAAAACAACAAGUAUCAAGCAUGAGGCACAAUACAUGAGCACUAUGAGUCUGGAAAUUCAUGUUAACACCAGGGGUAACUUUGUGCCUAAUCCUGAAGAAGAUGAAGUUCAAUGCCUUUUCUGGUGCUUACAAUCAGACGAGGAAGGCCUCGAAAACAACGGUACUAGUGGAAACACCCAUGUUGGCGUUGUCGUGCUGUCCGAGGACGGUGCUUUGUCACAAAAGAUUGCAAAGCAGGUAGCUGUAGAAGUCCAGGAAGAGGCUUCAGAACUAGAUCUCAUCAUUCGAAUGGUGGAGAUUGUGAGGAAUCAUGAUCCUGACAUCCUGACAGGAUACGAAGUGCAUGGGGGCUCCUGGGGAUAUCUCAUUGAGCGUGCCAGGCUCAAAUACGAGUACAAUCUAUGUGAUGAGUUCUCAAGGAUGAAGGCUCAGUCCCAUGGGAGAUUCGGGAAGGAUAACGACAAAUGGGGUUUUAACAAUACAUCAACCAUUCGUGUGACAGGCAGACAUAUGAUUAACAUAUGGAGAGCUAUGCGGAGCGAGUUGAACUUACUUCAGUACACCAUGGAGAACGUUGUUUUUCACCUGCUACAUCGCCGUGUCCCUCACUUUACAUGGGCAGAUUUGACACGCUGGUAUACGAAUGACAAGCCACGCGACCUGGCGAAAGUGGUCAACUACUACAUUUCAAGAGUCCAACUCGAUCUCGACAUACUUGAACAGAAUGAACUCAUUGCAAGGACCAGCGAGCAGGCUCGACUACUCGGCGUCGACUUCUUUUCGGUCUUCUCUCGUGGAUCUCAAUUUAAGGUCGAAUCUUUGAUGUUUAGAAUUGCGAAACCGGAAAACUUCCUCCUUGUGUCACCGAGCAGAAAGCAAGUUGGGGGUCAGAAUGCUCUGGAAUGUCUACCACUAGUUAUGGAGCCCCAAAGCGCUUUUUAUAACAGCCCUUUACUAGUACUCGACUUUCAAAGUCUGUACCCUAGUGUAAUGAUUGCCUACAAUUAUUGCUAUUCGACCUUCUUAGGUCGAGUCGUCAAUUGGCGAGGAACAAACAAGAUGGGCUUCACGGAAUUCAAAAGACAACAACGGCUGCUUGAGCUCCUAAAGGAUCACAUCAAUAUCGCUCCCAACGGCAUAAUGUACACGAAACCAGAGAUCAGAAAGUCGCUCCUAGCAAAGAUGUUGGGAGAAAUUCUCGAGACACGAGUCAUGGUCAAGAGUGGUAUGAAGGUCGACAAAGAUGACAAGGCACUUCAGCGUCUACUUAACAACCGACAAUUGGCACUUAAACUCAUCGCUAAUGUCACUUACGGCUACACAUCUGCGUCUUUCUCUGGACGGAUGCCGUGCUCUGAAAUUGCUGAUAGCAUUGUUCAGACUGGCCGCGAGACCCUCGAGAAAGCCAUUGCGCUAAUACACUCUGUCAAACGAUGGGGAGCGGAGGUGGUCUAUGGUGACACGGACAGUCUUUUUGUGUAUCUCAAAGGUCGGACCAAAGACCAAGCCUUUGACAUUGGCGAGGAGAUUGCAAAAACCGUCACAAAUAUGAAUCCGCGCCCGGUGAAGCUCAAAUUCGAAAAGGUAUACUUGCCAUGUGUUCUUCUGGCAAAGAAACGUUACGUGGGCUUCAAAUAUGAGAGUCGGCACCAGACCGAGCCGGAUUUCGAUGCGAAAGGAAUCGAGACCGUCCGCCGUGAUGGCACGCCUGCUGAACAGAAGAUUGAGGAGAAAACGCUCAAGAUUUUGUUUAGGACAUCUGACCUAAGCCAAGUCAAAGAGUAUUUCCAGCAACAAUGCGAGAAAAUCAUGAAGGGAUCUGUCUCCGUCCAGGACUUUUGCUUUGCACGAGAAGUGAAGCUGGGAACUUAUAGUGACAAGGGACCACCUCCGCCUGGAGCCCUCAUUAGCACCAAGCGCAUGCUCGAAGAUGCUCGAGCAGAGCCACAGUAUGGCGAGCGUGUUCCCUACGUUGUUAUCACAGGUGCGCCAGGGGCCCGUCUUAUAGAUCGAUGUGUAGCGCCUGAGGAGCUGCUCGAGAACGAUCACAGUGAGCUCGACGCAGAAUACUACAUCUCGAAGAACCUCAUACCUCCACUAGAGCGGAUCUUUAACCUCGUUGGUGCAAAUGUUCGAAGUUGGUACGAUGAAAUGCCAAAAGUGCAACGUAUUCGUCGGGUUGAUGCGAACCUCCAGCUUCAAGGACAAUCCAAGGAACUGACCAUCAGAAAGAAGACUUUAGAGUCGUAUAUGAAGUCAUCCUCAUGCUUGGUAUGCAAGGAAAAACUUAAGCUUGAGGGUCCGAUCUGCGCUGGCUGCUUAGCAGACAAACCAUUGUCUGUCUUCACUUUACGGAAGAAGCUUAAUGAUGCAGAAAGAAUGUUCUUGGACCUGCGCAAGGUCUGUCAGAGCUGUUCUGGGGUAUCGCCCUUGGAAGAUGUGCGAUGCGAUAGCAAGGAUUGCCCUGUCUUCUAUACAAGGACAAGACAAAAAGCUCGAUUAGCGACCGAAAGGUCUGUUGUGGAGCCGGUGAUAAAAAAGUUGUCUGGUCUCAUUGUAAAUAUGCAUGAUCUGGACUGGUGAAUUUGGUAACAGGCGUUAGGAAGGAGGGUUCAGCAUAGCGAUAGUGUAGGCAAUGAUUUUCUGAGAGUCCGAGGUAGCAAGGACUCAACUCAGCUGUUGGAUACGGCUUAGUACUGUAGAUAUGAAUGAUAAGAG